AUGGCCACACUAGAAGGCCAGGUGCGGGCGCAGGGCCGGAUCGUGGGUGGGUAUACCCCAGCACCCAACUCCAUUAAAUACAUAGUGUCGCUGCAGAGCACCCAGGGACAACACUUCUGUGGCGGGGCUCUGGUUCACAGGUACUGGGUGCUGACAGCAGCACAUUGCAAUAUCGGGGCAGAGCAUAUGAUGGUCGUAGCAGGGGACUACUCCAUGAGGACCUUUGAAGGCACCGAACAGUAUUCCAAACCUCGUCUGCUCCUCACACACCCCCUCUACAACAAGAGCACCAACAACGCCGACAUCAUGCUCAUCAAGCUGCGGGCCCCCGUGGUGCUGAACCGCUACGUGUCCCUUGCUGCCCUCCCCAGACAGGGCACCGGCGUCAUGGAGGGCCAACUGUGUCAGGUGUCUGGGUGGGGCUACACCAGCCUGGUCGGGGGCCAGGCGCCCUCCACUCUGAGGACGGUCAAUGUGCCCAUUGUGUCCACGGCGAGGUGCAAUGGCAGCCUGUCUUUCAGCGGGAACAUCACGGCCAACAUGAUCUGCGCCGGCUUCCGGAGCGGGGGCAAGGACGCGUGCAAGGGAGACUCCGGUGGGCCGCUGGUGUGCGGGGGUCGAGUCUACGGCUUGGUGUCCUGGGGCAACGGCUGUGGCAACGCCAAGUUCCCCGGAGUAUAUACGGCGGUGUCCAAGUUCCGUCGCUGGAUAGACCGCAUCAUCUACGGCUCCUACCUGCGCUGCACUAGAGAAGUACUGGACAAGUACUAGACUGGGUGCCAGGGAACAAGUACUAGACUA